GGAUGCUUCCACCUGUGUGUUCUAGUACGCAUUAUAAACCCACCCGGCUCCAGGCGUGCUCGCGGAGCCGCUCGGGGCUGAGGGAGCGGGCGGCGGGCGGGGCCCAACAUGGCGGCGGCGCGGCCCCGCCUCAGCGCUGGGCGGGAAACCGCGGCCGGGCGGGCGAUGGAGGCGGCGGGCAGCGAACAGCGGGAGCUGCUCAUUCAGAGGCUGCGGGCCGCGGUGCACUACACGGCGGGCUGCCUGUGCCAGGGCGUCGCUGAGGACAAGGGCGUGCUGUUCAGCAAGCAAACGGUCGCCGCCAUAUCCGAGAUCACCUUCAGGCAGUGCGAAAACUUUGCAAGAGACCUCGAAAUGUUUGCCAGGCAUGCAAAGCGAAGCACAAUCACUUCAGAAGAUGUGAAACUUUUGGCUAGAAGGAGCAAUUCUUUGCUAAGGUAUAUCACAGAGAAGAGUGAAGAGCUUGCAUCAAGUAACAUGGAACAAAAGGAGAAGAAGAAGAAGUCCAGUGCAGCUAAGGGAAGGAGAACUGAGGAAAACGAAGCACCUGUGACUGAAAGUGAAGAUUCCAACAUGGCAUGACUUACCUUUCAAGUAACUUCUCUGGUCAUUUUCUCUUACUAUCGUAGAAGACCAAAGUUAGCCUGUCAGCAAUUGCUCUUGCAGGUUAGCGAGCAUAAUGAAUGUCUAUAUUUUUUUUAGGUAAAUGUGAUUAGUUACAUUUUCUUGUUCCAAAAAUGAAAGGACUGUCAGAAUUCAACAAAGCUUACAGCCAAAAUGCCUUAAUUGUUCACUAAACAAUAUCUUACUGUUCUUAAGAAGAAAAUCCUUUAUUGAUAGAGUUUAAAGCAAAGCAUAUCCACUGGGCAUAUUCACACCUCAGUAUGUGCAACUCCCUGCAAAGGACAAUUUAAUUUCUCCAGUAAUUAUUUAACAUCUUCCUGACUUCCAUUUCUGAUAUAUUUGUUUGGAUAUUAUAAACACUUUAAUAGCCAUAUCUCUUGUUGUCUUGGCAAUUAAAGCAUAUUCUGUGUCAUU